GUCUAUGUUUGAUAGGGAGAAACGGUCCAUAAAUAACUAUUUUUUAAAGUGUACGAGGACCUCGUAGUACACUGUCAUCAUGAUAACGCUUGGUUUGACUUCGGGAGUCCCAGUUCGGCCUCACUGUGUUGCACUACACUUAAACGGUUUUGGGAGAGCGAGUUGAUCCAUAUAGGUUGAUGGUUUGGCUUUCGCCUUUCAAUUAGAGGACAUGCCUUUAAUUUCGUUUAUGGAAUUUUAUUUUAUUGAGUAUCUCCAGUUUUCUACUAGGAUACCGUAUCACGCCCAGCCCAGGUUGGCUCUGGAAGACAGGUUGAAUUUCUAAAUGAUUUGAAAUGUCUGAAGUGCAGCUAAGCCUGUUUAGCCAAACGAGAUUUAGAAUCUUUAAAAAAAAUUUUAAAGGACCAAUAAACCAUUUCACAGUACCAGUUAGUAAUCCAGGCCUUCAUCUAGUGAUCCCAUUUUGGAAAAUUGACCGGUUAACCGGACGUGUUACUCGGAAUUUGACCUGCCUUUACGCUAACGUUUGCAAUCCCGACACCGUUGGUUCGCCAAGGUUAAACAGUCCCCAGGUCAAAUUAGCGCACAGGGGACCGAAUAGCCAAUAACUGGAUCUUUGCUGGACGACUUACGCUUGCGUGAACAAAAGGUGCAGUGGCGCAGUGCGAGGGUUUAGUCCCUGGCUUACCGUUCGACCUGGAUACUCGCCACGAGGUUACAAGACCUUCGGUCCGGAUUUUCCGCCCGCAAGUUUUGCUAUACUAGCGCCUUGUGCCUAGGUAUUUGUCGACGGAGUGUGGUGACUUCAGUACACGCAGCACUGACGCACCGUAUCGGCUAGUGGGUGAUUCUUGGGUGUUCUGGUGGCGAUUAAUAUACUCGAUUCCAAUGGCGAGUUUUGUGAAAGAUCUCAUGCGACAGUAUGAUGAGGCCAAACCCAACGCAGAUCCCCGAACCCGGAACUGGUUGCUGAUCUCAGACUCCCCGUACCCAGUAUGGGUGCUGACUGUCAUCUACGUUGCGAUGGUGAUGCUUGGCCCGCACAUCAUGAAGAACCGCAAGCCGUUCAAUCUGCAGUGGUUCCUGGUCGUCUACAACCUGGGUCUGGUUGGACUCUCGGUCUACAUGUUUGUAGAGAUCUUCCUCAGUGUCUAUGAUGCUGGCUAUGACAUGGCGUGUGCCAAGUAUAACAAAGAUUCUAUCACAAAUCCCAAAGAGCUGAGGGUCUCCAAGGUGCUGUGGUGGUACUUCUUUUCCAAGGCUAUCGAGCUGCUGGACACAGUGUGCAUGAUUGCCCGCAAGAAGUUUGAGCAGGUCACCUUCCUCCACGUGUUCCACCACGCCAGCAUGCUCAACAUUUGGUGGUGGACAAUGAUGUUUAUACCUGGAGGAAUGUCCUGGUUUGGAAGCUGGAUGAACUGUUUAGUCCAUGUAGUUAUGUAUCUAUACUAUGGUCUUUCUGCCAUCCCCUCGCUCAGGAGCAAGCUGUGGUGGAAGCGUUACAUCACCCGCUUCCAGCUGCUGCAGUUCUGCAUCACCUUCACACACACAGUCAACUCCAUCCGUGUGGGUUGUGACUUCCCACGCUGGGGCCAGAACCUGCUCUCCGGCUACAUGGUAGUCAUGCUCAUCCUCUUUGGCAACUUCUAUAUGCAGGCCUACAUCAAACGCAGUGCCAGCAAGAAAACCAAUGCAAUCUCAUCCUCAUCCUCAUCCUCAUCCUCAUCCCCGUCCUUUGAGAAUGGCAGUGCCUUCAGCAACAUGGAGGCCAACGGUCACACUGCCCGCCGCACCAAGCAUGACUAAAUAUAGAAUGCUCGUCGACCAACAUUGUCAGUCGUGGUCGAUGUGUAGAUGUAGCCUCAGUCAGAGAUGUUUAACUGCUUGUUCGAGUGGCGUGCUUUCACGGAGCUAGCCUCUUGCUGCUGAUAGAAAAUUAUUCUAAUCAAUAGUGUUGAUAAUUUAUCAGAGUAUACAUUUUUAUGUGAUCUAUUUAUUGAUAGAGAUAUGCACCAGACAUUUGAAUGAGACGCCAACAGGCCCAGUUCCUCUGUUACUUUAGCAGUACUGACAUGGAAGAUUCUUGUACCUGUGCAGGGGAUUUAUGUUCAGCUCUCCUUGCAUAAAGGAAACCUCCAAUGAAGUUGAAUGUACUCCUGUGUGGUGCAUGUUAGAUGAUUGCACUGUAUCCUAGAAGGAAAGGGUCAAUAGGAGAUUUGCGGAGGAAGGAAAAGUCAGUUGGAAAGGGCAAAGUUGGUAAAACCAUUCAAUGAAUAAGUACUAAUAUAAAGAAGAAAGCGACCUAGUUUUUCUCUAGUCAGUGUGUUUCUAUUUAGUAUGAAAGCUUGCAAACUAUUUUUGAUAAUUGGCAAUCCUCAAGUGCUCUUCCGUUCAUGAAGGGCUUGCAUUUUUUUACCUCUAGUCUAGGACAGGAAUGACAAACAAACUUUAUGUUUCAGAAACAGUCUGCUAUACUUUUUAAAAAUCUAAAAUAUCUAGAAUUAGAAAUACUGUUCCAGCAAUGGAUGUAAAGAGAAAUAUGAAAAACUUUUUAAUUUGCUGUUGAGUCACACACGCACACAAUGUGUGAAAGCUAAAUUGCUGCUUGUUGUUGCCAUGUAUUUUUUUUACUGGAGAACAAAUAGCGUCAGAUCUUGUUUUCUAUGUAAGUGCGAGAGUGCUUGAAGUCACCAUCUGGAAUGUUUGUGCUCUGAUCACAAUUGCUUUAUGAUUAGUUGACUUGUGCCGCGAAAGUAUGGCUGGAGUGACCAGUUUGCAGGACUCUGAGAGAGCUAAUCCAAUUGUUGUACAUUGUUGUGAGUGAUAGUGCCCUGCCUGUAUUCUGUACUUUUCACUUUUUUAUACUUUAUUUUUGUAAGCUCACAAGAUGGGCUGCGAUGCUGACUUGUAGAGUGUUUUAAAGUCCAGAAGUAUAUCUAAGUUGCACAAUUUUUCCAUUCCUCAGCUGUGUGGACCUGAUUAAAAUGUUGUCACUCUAAUACCUUAUAUGCUGCUAUCGUUUUUCGAUUGUUUUUUUUUUUUAAUUUUUUUUUUAAGAAAAGGGAACAUUUGUUUGUUUUUUUAAACGUCUCAGCAUAUGUUUGUGCAUAUAUGUGUGUGUUUGCGUGAGUGCAAUUUUACCAUAGUCAUGUCAACAAAUGUUGAGAAUAUGCUUCUCUAUUCCUUUGCUAUUCCCUUGCUCUGUUCUCUCUCAGAGGUCAUUGUUUCUUAUAAUGAUGUAAAUCGGACAAAGUGUUGGUGGCCAACCACUCAAAGAUAGUUAAUCAAAGUUAGUUACGUAGUAAUUUAGAAUAACCAAAUUUAUAUCUUUUAAAUUGUUCUGUAUGGUUUUUAACGUCCUUUUUUUUAUUUGCCUACCUCCGGUAUGAAGUGGAAAUGUCAGAGUCAAUUUUUAAAAAUCUACUUCAGGGCUUUUUAAAUUUUAAAAAUUGUUUUUGGUUUUACUUUACAUUCUUGAUUUUUUAAAUCUUGUGUGCGACUGUAUUUAUUUCAUACUCUUCCCUGUCAGUUUUUGUGUAUGUUUGGGGCCUGACAUAGAGGGGGUUCCAUUUUCUGCCAUUCAAUUUUGAAAUCAUGUUACUUUUUUGUAUAGAUGGACAGCCUCCUGAACUUUAAUUGUCCCCUUUUGAAAUGUAACAUCAUAGCUCCUUUGAGCCCUUUAUUUUGCUCAUGGUUUUGUCUUUCGGAACACAUGCUGUACACUUUCAUUAUGUGAACUGAUAAUUUCAACAUAAUCUGAACGCUUUACUACUAAAAGGAAGAUCUCUUAUUUUCCUGAAGUUUUGUGAGUCAUUCAGGUGGAGGGGGUGGGAGUUUGUUUUUUAUGUGAAAAAUGAACAGGGAAGUCUGUCUUGAUUGUCAAACUUACCAAGUUCUGUUGAUGAUACUCUUCGAAGAGUUGUGGAUUGGAUGUGGUUGUGUAUUGCGCAUUUUGCAGAAAACUGAAUGGCUACUCACCUGUUUUAUGAAUGUUGUAAUUCCCAGUCCUUUCUCUCAUCAAGGACAAUUGUCUUUAACUAUAGAAUGCAUAAAAAUGUGUUUGAGAUGUGGCAUUCACAACCAUUGUAAGUAAUUUAUGACUCUAAAAUUUUGAAAAAUCGGAAAAGUAAGUAGCACUGUCCUUAUUAGUUGAUGAAACUUCAGUUUCCUUGAUAAUUUUUUAACACAAAAAAAUUCAUGGAAAGAGAACAUAAUAUUUCGCUUGACAAAAACAAUUUGUCAUUGGUUAAUUCAAAGUCAUGCGGCAUUUUAAUGAAAAUAUUACAAAAUGGGUGUGCCUGCAUGAAGUCUUGCUGGCCAAACUGGGUGGGUAGGCGUUGAGUUCACCAGUUGGUGCACGUGCAUGGUCUUGUCAAGUAUCCUCGACCUUUUGGAGAGGUCAUUUUUUCAAGUUCGCAAACUUUUUAAUUACCAGUGGUGUGCGGAGCUGGCUUUAGCAUAUAGCAUUCUUAUCUGUUCAUAUUUUAUGCGACAUGUGGAAUGACAUUUUUUUCCUCCCCCCCUUCUUUGAGUGCACACACAAUUUCCCCAACUUUACUUUUACGUGGCUUUAAGUCAGAGGUCAAGAGCCGAAGGGCUGCUGGAUUAACAACUUCUAUCUGUGUAUGGGUAAAGAUGUGCUUGUUUAUGUGACUUCAGUGUGGUUUUAGGGGGGGGGUGGGGGCUUCUUGGUUUGUACACAGAGAUAAGGUAUAUAUUUAUAUAAAGUGUUUUUGAGGUUUUAAAACUGCUGCUCUUUGGCCAACAGACUUUGUACACUUUAUUCUCAUCUAAAAGAAUGAAAAAUACUUUCGUCAAAAUGACUUGAAUUUUUAUUGCGAAAUGAAGAAGAUUUCUAUUAUAAAGGAAGUAUGUUAUUGCUUCGUAUCAUUACCAUUGCGCAUAUAAAACAAAUUUUGUGAUGAAGUAAAAUAAAUGUUUGUGCUGGCGUCUUUUGCUGAAAAUAUUGUUUUUACAGCUUUACUGAACUCAGAAGGUAAUAGUCUUCUCAUUAUUCUAUUUAGAUAUAUUGUGGCAUUCUUAGACUUUAAAGCUAUUACAUUUUUAUCAUAUGGGUAAUUUAUGCCUUGCUCUGUUGCCAUAAGUACUGAAAGUAAAUGCUGAGUUUGUGAACUUCAUGCCAUGAAAUUCUAAAUUUGAUGUAGGGAAUAUUGAAUAUGUUGAAGGCAGAGUGUGUUUUUUCCCCCCCAUCUUGUUGUUUUAGCCAUUGCUGUUACUUUGUUAUACAAGUUUAUUUCCUUGCCAUAACUUGUCGCAAUACUGUCUCUGUGUGUACUUAAUUUUGUACUUCAGUAUUUCCAAUCCUCCGGUGCAUUUCAGUCGAGUCGUCUUAACUAUUUCAGUUCUAAAGAUUCUUAAAUUUAUUAUCGGAGUAGAAUAUUGUGUAUUUGGGAAUAGUAGUUUUCCCAAUUUCUAUGCGCGCCUUCUUCUCCAGCUUCAAAAUUGUAUUUGGUGAUCAGUAGAGUUGGAAUAUGUGGAUGGUAUCUACGGAAGCUUCAUAUGCCGAUGGGAUGUUACAGCAGCUCUAGAUACCCAUUAUGUUGCAAUGCCGUUUGUUCCCACGGUUACUGAGCAUGCCGUUUGUUCCCACGGUUACUGAGCAAUUGAGAUGCAUUAUGGAGUUUGCAAGCCAUCCCUUGGAUUUGAUACAGCACUCUAUGUCAUAAAGCUAAGACAUUGUUGUGUGAGCUUACAACACUUUACUUGGUGGAACAGACCCUGAGUUCCUGUUGUGUCUCCUUAGGCUACCCACUUCCUCUUCUUUGUCAAUUUUGUACUGACGACGAUGGACACUGACUAGAUUUUUCUGAAAUGUUACCAGUUCAGCUGUUCUUGAUUUAAUUUUUUAUUUUUUUUUAGCCCUGUUUGUUUUUCUCAUGUUUACAGUUUUAAUAUUAACAUGCUCUGCUAGGUGUCAUUCAGAGACUCUGAAACUCAAGAAACCAAACUUGUGUUUCUUGAAAAGAAUUGGGAAUGUGUUGUGGACAUGUUUACUGAACAGCUGGACGUUCACUUGAGUAAAGAGGCCUGACUAAGCCAGUUCUGGGUGAUGUAAUCCAAAUGGAAAUGUAUGGAAAGAGUUCGUAUGAUUUUUGUUUUGGUGUUUCAAAAAAGAAAAUACUGCUGUCAGAGACUGCUCAAACCCAGCUUUUAAAAUCAGAGUAUGUUAAACAAUAAAUAUUCUUUUUGCCCUUCUUUACUCCAUUUAAGGUGACUUUUGUCGUGACAAAUAGAGAUGUUGACAAACGCCUAAUGGUAGGAGUUGGACUGCAGGGGUCACGGAUGAUUUUAGCUGAAUUCCAUCUCAUAUGAGUGCACGGUCCAGUCUUAUUUCCUACCCAUAACUGAUCAUUCAGACUGCCAAGUCCCAAGUGUCUACUCUUCUUUAGUCAGGAUGGUUUUCCUGGAGAGUUUUUGAUGUUGCUUGUAUAAAUGUCGAGGUGAGUGAGGCGGCUUUUGAAUUUAAGUUUCCUGCCCACCUCGUAACGAGCCAUGUCUCAAGACGUUGCCAUGUCGACUCAUGCGUGAAAGUUUGGGCUUCGACCCCAUUAGGUUAACCAUUUUCUUGGUUGUCUUUUUCUGAAGCUGUGUAGAGCAGUAUGUUCUCAUCAAAUUUAUACGGGUUUGGGGUUUAUUUUUGUCAUACAUAUUGCAUAAUGCUGCUUAUCCAGAAUGUACACUACUUUUGACAGCAAGCUCUGAUAAAUUUUGGUUUUAAAAAAAUGUAGAUGAUUGCUUGAUAUUUUUCCAACUGUUGUUUUCUAUGGUUGCAUUUUCUAUUGAUGACUUUUGAUAAGACAUGAGUUUUAAAGAUUUCUCUGAAGCUAAUAUCAAAGUGCCCACAGCAUGCUAUGUUAUCCCUCCCCUUGUGUGAGCUUUAAAGCUACAAGCCUCCUUACUGUAUGCAAGUGUUGUGCUUGUGUGCGUUGUGUAUGCCUGACCCAUGUCUGCUCUCUCUUGUUGUUUUAUUGGAAUUUUUUUUUCCCAUUCAUUGUUUAUGUUUUAUUGAUCUUUUUUUUUUUUUUUUAGAUGUUGUUGAGCAGUUUUCCCCCCCAAUGUUAGUGCAAUAUCAGACUGUCUGGUCAGAUAGAGGCCCUUAGUUCAAGUGUUUAGCUACUUUUGUUAUUUUUUCAGUGGUGAACUAAUCAUUUGGUCAUAGAGUAAUGGAAUAAAAAAUUCUCUAAUUUUA